AAGGACCUCCUCAGAGCAAACACUGCCUCUCAAUGUGCAGGUUACAGUUGUGCGCUUCGCCAAUCAUUGAGAAUCGCGCUCACGUGCACAUGACGCGACUGUCAUAUGAAGGCUGCUCGCCGGCGCUUGUUGCAUUGUGAUUCGGUGCCACAGCGAGCGGCGAGGUGUCUGCCUUAAAUUAUUUCACGGCGAGCACAUCGGGCUCUUCCUGCUUCACAUCAACCCCCUUCCUUCUCCAACGCACCCGCCUCCGCCCAUCAUGGCCUCCGCUCACGACCCCAAGGCUGGUAGCCAGCACGUCUUCGACAGACAAUUCCACCUUUGCGAGUCCCUCAGUGACUAUUACAGCACGGAGGAGUUGAUCAUGACCUGCCCCGAUUGCUCUCGCUUCGUCGCUCUCUGCUGUCAACACCGUAACCACGGGAGACCCCGGGCCUGCCACCACUACCAGCUGGUGUUCACGGACGGCGCAUGCCUCUCCAACGGGCAGACCGCCGCGACCUCCGGCCUCGGCGUCGCCAUCGGACAGGAUGCUGAGCUGCAGUGGACCGUACCCGUCGAUGACAUCGUCGAUCCGAACGCAAAGAGGUCCAGUCAGCGCGCGGAGCUCCUGGCUGCCAUCGAAGGACUGCGCCUGCUCAACGCCGUCGACGGUCCCGAAGACGCCCACAGCCGUCUCUACAAUCGCCACGGAAAGCCGGGCGACAAGCCCACCGUCUCGUACAGGAACUGGGUCAUUACGACGGAUUCCAAGUAUGUGGUCGAUGGCAUGACGGACUGGCUGCCGAACAAAUGGAAGCUUAACGGGAUGCGCACGUACGACGGGCGCGUCCCCGCCAACCUCGACCUCUUCCUGCGGCUUGACCAAGAGAUCGCCGCUUUGGAAUGCCAGCGCGACGUCCGCAUCGGCUUCUGGCACGUUCCCCGCCAGUACAACGCCAUCGCCGACCGUCUAGCCAAGGACGCUGCUAAGCGGGCCCCCGUCGCUUCGCCCCUUCGCAGCCCGAACCAUGCCUUCUAAACGGCCGCCCUUCUACGGGGGCGCACAUGAACUCCGAAGCUCUCGAUGUGUAGUAUGCAUCCAAAAGGCCCGUUGUCCUCAGCUAUGGUAAAUGCUUCGUUAUGCGAUGUUAAUUCGAGACUGUUCUUUAUGCAGCUAUGAUGACUGGAAUGUCCAUCAAUAUUGUGCAUGUGAGAAUGCAUAGCAUAUGAAUCGGAGCAAACCUGUGGGACU